CUAUAAAUACAAAGGCGACGCUUUAGCCGGCUUCACUCGUUCGCUCGCGGUCGUGUCGGAGACGAGUCUCUUCCAGGAACCUUUUUUUUUUCUCUGCCCACGCUCGGGUCUAAUGGACAAACUCUUUGUAAAUGCUUUUUAAGAAUCAUCACUGCAGAAGAACGCACUCUGGCUGCUCCACAGGCCCUGGGAUUGAGUCUUAUCUGAAGGGAUUCAACUUCACUGGCGACCCCCCCUGGCUGAUCUGCACCUCAGACCUUUGAGAAACCUCCAGCACCACUUGAUUCCAUCUCUUUCAUAUCCAUUUUACUUGUGACCAAUCAAAGGAACUAACUGUAACCAUGAACAUUCCUACUCCCACUGAGUUCGGAUUCUCUUUCCUGGAGGAGGGCUUCUCUGCAAAGGAUACUGUUGCUCAGAAGAUCAAUGAGUCAUCCCUGACGGACGACAGAGAUGCCUUCUACGUCUGCGACCUCGGCGAUGUCCUGAAGAAGCACCUGCGCUGGUUCAGAGCUUUGCCUCGCGUCACUCCUUUCUACGCUGUGAAAUGCAACGACAGCCGCGCUGUAGUCAAGACACUGGCUUCGCUGGGAGCUGGGUUCGACUGCGCCAGCAAGACGGAGAUCCAGCUGGUUCAGUCGCUCGGUGUCGACCCAAGUCGAAUCAUCUACGCCAACCCCUGCAAGCAGGUUUCUCAAAUCAAGUACGCGAAUGCCCAUAAUGUCCAGAUGAUGACCUUUGACAGCGAGGUGGAGCUGAUGAAGGUGGCUCGCUGCCAUGACAACGCCAAGCUGGUGCUGCGUAUCGCGACAGACGACAGCAAGGCGGUGUGCCGCCUGAGCAUCAAGUUCGGAGCCCAACUCAAAGCCUGCCGUGGUCUUCUAGAGCGGGCCAAGGAGCUGGGUCUGGAUGUGAUCGGCGUGAGCUUCCAUGUUGGCAGCGGAUGCACCGACCCAGACACCUACACUCAAGCCAUCGCUGAUGCCCGCUGCGUCUUUGACAUGGGGGAAGAGCUGGGCUUCUACAUGAACCUUCUGGACAUCGGGGGAGGCUUCCCGGGUUCCGAUGAUACCGAGCUCAAAUUUGAAGAGAUCACCGCCGUCAUCAACCCGGCCCUGGACAAGUACUUCCCAGCGGACUGUGGCGUGAAGGUCAUCGCCGAGCCGGGUCGCUUCUAUGUGGCUUCUGCUUACACGCUGGUGGUCAAUAUCAUUGCCAAGAAGGUCCUGCUGGACGACGAGGCUUCUUCUGAUGGUGAGUUGCAUGGUCAUGGUUCUCUGCUCUCUGGUCAGAAAAAUGACAGGGUCUUUCCUCUGACAGAGGAGGACGAAGGUCUGACCGACCGGACGCUGAUGUACUACGUCAACGACGGAGUGUACGGGUCAUUCAACUGCAUUCUCUACGACCACGCUCACUGUCUUCCCACCCUGCACAAGAAACCCAAACCAGACGAGGCGAUGUACCCCUGCAGCAUCUGGGGUCCGACAUGCGACGGACUCGACCGCAUCGUGGAGCAGUGCCAGCUGCCCGACAUGCAGGUGGGCGACUGGUUGGUGUUUGAGAACAUGGGCGCCUACACCGUGGCAGCUUCCUCCACCUUCAAUGGCUUCCAGCGACCUGACAUCCACUAUGUCAUGUCCCGCAAUGCAUGGCAACACAUGCAGCAGAUCCACUCCCAGGGUCUGCCCGCCCCUGUGGUGGAGACCAGCCAGCUGGAGGUGCCGGCCUGCUGCGGCCGGGAGAGCAGCCUCGAGCUCCCCGCCGAGCCCUGCCACACCAGAGUGGUUUAAACACUCCACCUCAGCGGUUCACCGAUAGAACGAUCCACCAUAUUCUUUGCAUUACUAUUCCUUUCCAUCGCCUAACUUUCAAGGCCAGUUGCUUGACGGGAGACAGCAGGGUUGUGUCGUCGCUCCAACCUCUGUGUGAGAGUCUGGGAUCAUCGUUGAAGAGGCUGGAUCACAUUUCAGUUCAAACUCUACGUCAAAGAAUCGGGUUGAUCUGUGAUUCUAUUCCUCGCAAAUAUGGCUGCUAUGUUUAUAAUGUUCUCUAAGAUCCCUGCUUCAGCACAGAGCCCCUCUGUCGAUCUUCAAAGUUAAUGCAUUUCAUUUCAAACUAUGGCUGCCCCGAAGACUAAAUGUCUUCAUGUCUCGAUGAAUUGAGUGUAUAUAUAUAUAUAUAUAUAUAUAUAUAUAUAUAUAUUCACAAAAAUUAAUUUUGAAGAUUUGCAGUUCCAGGGUGACUCAAGACGCACCUGACCUGUCCCACAUUUCUCCUCUUUAUUUUAUGUUCUUGUAGCCUGUAGAUGGGCACAGAAGUUGCUCUCACUAACAUUGACCAUGUCUAACUAUAUUCAAGUGGAUACGAAAGAGACGGGAUUGCUAAUCGUACUGCUUUCCUAUGGAAACCUUCUGAAGUUUUGUAUUUUUAUAAUAAAUAAACCCUGUGCAGAACUGAAGUACAGGUGUGGUGUCUUUCUGUUGGUCUAAACGAAAGCUAUAAGUCAUGCAAUUCUUCUUCAUGGUUGAAAACAUGACUUUUGUUUUCUCCCAAACACCCAUUGAUCUCUAAAGGCAGAUUCAUAAGUAAUUUUACAGAGCUGAGUCAAAGUCUUUUACCAUCAUAAGAAUAAAAAUAAUAAUUGCACACUGUGUGCAAGUGUGGACAAGAUUUAUUUCAUUUUCUAAAAUCAUUCUUGUUUAUAUUUUCUGAGCUGAAGGCUCGAUUCAUCUACGCUGAAUUUAAACCCGCUAUAAACCGGUGUGUGUUGUUGCGCAUUAAAUUGAGUAUA